AGGGUGAGGAGAGAAGAGGGGCAGAGGACCGGGGAGUUAGAGCAAGAAGCGCUGAAGAGAAGCCUGACAUAGUUCUGUGAGGAAAUGUUGAAAAAGAUGUGAGGGAGCUUUGGAGCACUCUGACCGGGAUGGGAGACGGGAUUACUGCCCCUGCUGAAACACACUGUGGAUGUCUGAGGAACGCAGCAGCAGAUAACGCGGGGAUGACUGGAUUCUGAAAGCAUUUUCCUCGAAAUGGGAACUAACUGUGCUCAGUUUCACUGCAGUGCAAAGAUCUCCGUGGGUGUGUGCGGGAUGUUGUGUCAGGGCUAAAACCCAUCCCUCUCCCAUGAGCCUGUGUGCCCACGCACACACACACGGCGCCUUGACGCACGCACUCGGCGCCCACGCACCCACAGCCGGCACUGACGCUGUGAACUGGACCCUCGGAGCCCGGCAGAGCCCAGUCUAGCCCACUUGGAGCCUGAGGAUGUCAACAGAGACGGAGCUUCAGCCAGCGGUCAGGCCCAGCAGCGUUAGACGGGACUCCAAGAGGAAAGGGCAGGAUCGCAGCGAGGCAGCUCUCAUCAGGCGUUUUAAGGGCGAUGGCGUCCGCUACAAGGCCAAACUCAUCGGCCUGGACGAGGUCACUGCCGCCCGUGGAGACAAGCUCUGCCAGGACUCAAUGAUGAAGCUCAAGGGGAUAGCUGCUGCAGCACGGUCUAAAGGAGAACACAAGCAGAAGGUGUUUCUGACUGUCUCCUUUGGAGGGAUCAAGAUCUUUGAUGAGAAGACGGGGGCUGAGCCUGUGAUUCUGGACCUGCGGGACCUGUUCCAGCUCAUUUAUGAUAUAAAGCAGAGAGAGGAGAAGGAGAAGAAGGCCCAGAAAGACAAGCAGUGUGAGCAGGCGGUCUACCAGUACAUUGUGUUUGAGGCCGGACACGAACCCAUCCGUGACCAAUCAGAGGAAAGCAUUUAUCAGGUUCCCACCAGUCAGCAGAAGGAAGGGGUCUAUGACGUCCCAAAGCGACACCCAAACAUCAGCCAGUUAGAGAUUUUUGGAGACAUGUCUACGCCGCCUGACAUAACCUCCCCAUCGACCCCAGCAUCCCCCGCCAACACCCUCGACCCCUUGCAGGGCCUGCAGCCCCCCACGGAACUGUUCGCUCCCUUCAAUCCUGCGUCAGUGCCAUCAGGUUAUGUGACGAUGGGAGCAGUUCCUCCAGGCCACUGGUCCCAGCAGGCGUUCGCUGCCCAGACGCCGCUAGCCUUCGGGGUCCAGUCUCCUCUGGGCCCGGUAGCUCAGGUCCUACCGGGUGGACAGCCUCUGAUCUGGGGCCAGGCCAACAUCUUCCCUGCAAACCAGCAGCAGUGGGCCGCCAUGGCAGCUGGAGCCUUCUCCCCCACAGCCUACCUCCCAGCCCAACCUGUGGGCACUCUGCCUGCUGCCAUGUUCCAGACCCUCACCCCUGUCACCACCGUGACUCCAGCCAGCGAGGGCCAUUCAGGGGGGGGUGCCAGCGCUUCUACUCCGUCCCCGUCGGCUUCAUCCAGUCCGCAGCAUAGAGAAGUGGCAAAGAAGAUGGGAAAGGAGAUGUUUAAGGAUUUCCAGCUGGCGAAGCCUCCAGCCAUGCCUUCUAAGAAGGGCGACCAGCCCAGUUUAGCAGGAACCACAGAGGCGUUCAGCUCCUAUUUCAGCCGGGUGGGCACCGCCCAGGACACGGAUGACUGUGACGACUUUGACAUUUCCCAAAUGAAUCUGACGCCGGUCACGUCCACAACGCCGUCCACCAACUCUCCUCCCACACCGGCACCAAGGCAGAGCUCACCGUCCAAGUCCUCAGCUUCUCACGUCAGCGACCCCCCGACGGAUGCCACAGACCCCCCUACAGACGACUCGUUCGGUGAGGCGGAGGGCAGCCCCAGUCGCAGCGGAGAGGAGGAUGCCGUAAGUGCGUGUGGCUCUGGGUCACCCUGUCCCAGUGAGACAGCAGAGCCUAGCCCAGAACAGGCCGGUCCAGAGGCUGGGAGCUAGAUAGCAGCAGGGCAGGAAGGGGAAGGAUCCUCUCUACGCCCAGAUAAACAAGGGGAAGAAAUAAAGAGAUACCCAGGAAGACAGACCUGACCAGCACUGAGCGAACAGGAGGAGAACCCUUUACCUCUGAGCGAGCGAGCGAGCGUGCGUGCGUGCGUGUGUGUUUUGGAGUGAGCGUGCAUGUCUGGCACAUCCCUGCCUGGCCAAGUCCUUCAUCUUCUCUUCCUGCUAACAACCUCCCAGGAGGAGCUUCAACACUCCCACCGUCCUCCUCCUCCACCUCUCUGCAGUGUUUCCUCCUCCUAAGAGGAGAGAGAGCCCUCUCAGUCAUCCUCCACAGGCAGGAGGGACAUCCAUCACCCAGACAGGUCCAGCUCUUCUCUGCUCCCCUCCCUCCAGCGAUUCACACCCAGCCUUACGGACAUGAGCCACUCCUCUCCCUCCCUCCUUCCCUCCCUCGCUCCCACACCCUUUCCUCUGCCUGUCGUGUCUGGCCAGAGACUCUGCUGCCUGGAUGAGACUGAGUCAAGCAGUGCCUCCCCGUUUGUGAAACACACUCACACACACAUGCACGUGUGUUUUUUAACGGAGAGAACCUGCAUACGCAUAGCGAGGCAAUCCCUCGGGAGGUGCCCAGACUCUUUCAGGGAUAGCCCGUUACUGGGGAUCACUGCUUCUGAUUGGUUGAUGAUUGAUUAGGGUGUUUUCUACCCCUUGCUUGUGAGUGUCUGCUGGAUCACUAUGCAGAAUCAGACUCUCUGGGAGCUACUCACACUCCAUGCAUCCUUUGCACACAGCAGUGAGCCUACAUGCAAACACACACACACACACAGCCAUGCCACACCUUGUGUAACAUUCGCACACGCAGUAAUUUGCCAAACGCCUCUGCUCGCUGACAGACCGGCGCAGAGGUCAGACAACCAGACCAUUGGUGGAGGAAUGGACCCUGGGAGGGAAGAGUUGCAAGUUUAAACAGAUCCUGUGAUUGAACUCUUCAUUCUCUUUAGCUUUUUGUACAAUAAUGAUGUAAAAGAAAAAAGAGAGAUCAACCUGAAAAAUUGAAUUUUUAUUUUCUAAGUCAAUCAAGCCGCUGGGGUCAGCUCUAUAGGAGAUAUAGAGUCAACAUGGCUUUAAGGCAUCCGAUCCUUGAUUUGCCAAACUCAUUUUGUAAAUAAUGAGAACAACAACAACCAUUUUGUCCACCGGACGUCUGCGCCAUAAAAUAGGAAGGCUUCAGUUAUGCAAACUCUCGAUGUUUAACCCAAGCAAUACCAACACACAGUGCCUUGCAGAGGUAUUCAUACACUUUUCAAAAUUUGGUCACUUUGUAACCACAAAUAUAAUGUCUUCUGUUUUAAUAAUAAAAAGAAAACAACACAUAGAUGUGAACCAGAAGGAAAAGCUAAGAUUCUCUCUAGUUUUGUUCCCAGUAGAAAUC